GACCCCUCCUGGGGCGGGCGGGGGCUCUAUCCUGUCAGCAGCUGACCGGUAUAUGCGAUCCCCACAACGUUCCCCUUGUUACAGUCACCAGCCUGUGCACCUGCCCCGUGGGUUCAUCCCCAUGCCCAGUGAACUCCGCAUCCCGGUUAGUGGCCCUGGUCCGCGAUCCCCGCGCUGUAUCAUUGCCCCUCGCCCGUGGGCUCCUAUCUUGUGUAAUGCCCCCCCCCCCGCACCUUGCUCUAAUUCCGUGCCCGUGGCUGUGGCGUUCGCUACCUUAGCAGCGUGGCUUGUCUCUGUCACGAGUGGGUCUUGUCCCCUUUCCUCUGCGCAGGGGGUUUGCAGGAGGGUGUCUUUUUAAAAUGCCCCUUUUAUUAUAUCUCUCCCUCCUAUGCAAUGCCCCCUUCCCCGCACCCCUGUGUAAUAUCCUCUCAGUUUACACGCCCUAUAUAGUGCAUCCACGCCACCUACGCAAACAACCGGUUGAGUUCUUGCUUAUGUCGGUGUGUGUUUUGUAAUGUGACAGAAGCUGGGAAUACUAGGACAGAGCUAGUUCUGGUUUCGUUUUUAGAUCUGAGGCAAACCGCCAGACCUGGUUAGUGUCGCUAUCAUCAUUCAAUAUUGUGUUAGUUUCACACUGUUGUUUUUAAAUCCACAAAGAGUAACACUGUCCUUUACCAGCAUUCUGGAAGCAUUAAACUCUUCUCUCAUGUUUUAACCUGCUUUGAGGUUUGGUUUUAAUUCCAGACUCUCUUGAUCUGCAGCAUCCAGAAUCUUGUAUUUGCUUUUGUUUGUUUGCUUGUUUGUUGGGGUGGGGGGGUGUUUCCUUUCCACCUCUUAGAACCGCAGACCACAGUCCAGCUUAUGAGGGUGUGAUCGAAGAGGCAGACCUGCUCCGAAUGUCUCUGUCACAAGGAGAAUGACACCUUCAUUCUCAGUUGCAGACAUUUAAUACUACUGGACCCUGCAAAGAUGUUCAAGACUUGACAAAUGGUGUUGCAAUGGCACAAGUACUUCAUCAAAUAGAUGUUGCCUGGUUUGAUGAAUCAUGGCUAAGCCGUAUUAAAGAAGAUGUUGGUGACAACUGGAGAAUAAAGGCCAGUAAUCUGAAAAAGAUUCUGCAAGGAAUUAUGGACUACUAUCAUGAGUUUUUAGGUCAGCAGAUUUCAGAAGAACUUGUUCCUGACUUAAAUCAGAUAUCUGAACAUUCAGAUCCUACAGAGCUGGGCAGGUUACUGCAGCUUAUUUUAGGUUGUGCAGUCAACUGUGAAAAGAAACAAGAACAUAUACAAAAUAUAAUGACCCUAGAAGAGUCUGUUCAACAUGUUGUUAUGGCUGCUAUUCAAGAGCUCAUGAGCAAGGAAAUACUGAGUUCUGUCACAAGUGAUACAUCUGGUGAAAUGGAACAACAGAUGAAAAGAGCCUUUGAAGACCUUCAAGAAGCACUAGCAGAAAAAGAAGAACUGAAGCAAAGAUGUCAAGAACUAGACCUGCAGGUGGCUGCCCUUCAAGAUGAAAAAAGCAGCUUGAUGUCUGAAAAUGAGGUCAUGAAUGACAGAUUAGACCAGUUAGAUGGCUCCCUUGAUGAUCCAAAUACUGUUGUUGCAAAAAAGUAUUUCCAUGCACAGCUGCAGCUAGAACAACUGCAGGAAGAAAACUUCAGGCUUGAAGCUGCAAAGGAUGAUUAUCGUGUUCACUGUGAAGAUCUGGAGAAACAACUGAUUGAGCUGCAACAUAGAAAUGAUGAGUUGACCUGUUUGGCAGAAGAAUCUAGGGCCCUAAAAGAUGAAAUUGACGUUCUUAGAACUUUUGCAGAUAAGGCAAGUAAACUGGAGUCAACAGUUGAAGUGUAUCGUAAAAAACUGGAGGACUUGAAUGACUUCCGCCGACAGGUGAAGUCUCUGCAAGACACCAACCUGAUGUAUAUGCAUAAUACAGUCAGCCUAGAGGAAGAGCUAAAGAAGGCAAAUGCAGCACGUGCUCAGCUGGAAACAUACAAAAGGCAGGUCCAGGAGCUUCAUAACAGACUUUCGGAGGAGUCCAAAAGAGCUGAUACGUUAGCAUUUGAAUUGAAGCGACUGGAAGAAAAGAAUGAAGCUUUAUUCAAAGAAAAAGAGAGACUUAUAGUACAGCGUGAUGCUCUGAAAGAAACGAAUGAAGAGCUCCGGUGUUCUCAGAUGCAGCAGGAUCACCUGACUCAAGCAGAUGCAUCUGCUGUAAAAAGUCAUGAGAAUCUUGCUGCUGAAAUUCUACCAGUGGAAUACAGAGAAAUGUUUAUUCGACUGCAGCAUGAAAACAAGAUGCUUCUCUUGCAACAAGAAGGUUCAGAAAAUGAACGUAUUGUAGAACUCCAGGAACAGCUAGAGCAAAAGCAUCGGAUGCUGAAUGAACUGGAAACAGAGAAAAGGCUAAGCAAUGAGCGUAUUGGAGAGCUGCAACAACAGAUUGAGGAUCUCCAAAAGACUUUGCAGGAGCAAGGAUCCAAGACAGAAGGAUCCAGCAAGCUGAAGCAGAAGUUAGAAGCACAUAUGGAAAAACUGAAUGAAGUCCAGGAUGAGUUACAGAAAAAAGAGGCACUUUUUGCAGAGCUCCAGCCAGAUGCAAAUCAGAACUCUCAAAAGAUUGAUGAGCUGGAGGCAGCUUUGCGUAAAAAAGAUGAAGACAUGAAAGCAAUGGAAGAAAGAUAUAAAAUGUACCUGGAGAAAGCAAGAAAUGUGAUAAAAACCUUAGACCCCAAACUAAAUCCAGCAUCAGCAGAAAUUAUGUUGCUGAGAAAGCAGCUACUAGAGAGAGACAAAAAAAUUGAAGCACUGGAGAGUGAAUGUAAGAUUGCCAAGUUGCGUGAUUAUGAAGAAAAGCUAAUUGUAUCUGCAUGGUAUAACAAGAGCCUGGCUUUCCAGAAGCUCAGUAUGGAAUCCAGACUGAUGGGUAGCAGUACCUGCAAAGACCCUGGGUCAUGCCCUCCUGCACGCUCUUUCCUAGCACAGCAACGACAUGUCACCAAUGCCAGACGGAGUCUCUCUAUUAAAGUACCUAAUGCAACAUCGGAUUAAACCGCAAAGGAAAUGUUUACACUAAAGUGUCCUUAAAAAUAUUUUGUGGCUUCCAUUGUAACUACCUGACCGAGAAAGAGGUUGUGAUGCUGGGCUUCAGCUAUUUUAACAUCAAAACUUAUUGAAUACACAACAGUAAAUUAAUGUGGUGAAUGGUUUCUAAAAAUCAUCAGCACACGUAAUCUACUAAAGACUGUUGCACCAGCAACCUUUUCUAAAAAGCAGCACUUAGAUGGAAGUAGAUUUGAAUAACUGAAGUAUGUGUUUACAAGCACAGCUUUAAAGAGUUAUAUUUGUCUUCAUAGUAUAUUGUAUAUAAAUACAAAAAUUGGCAAUAUAUAUUAUAUUUAAUAUUUUUAGUCUGGAAUUGACUUUUGUUUUUUUAACUGAAGAACAAUUUUUGGAAAACAUCAGAAAACUGAUAACAUUAGGUAUAUUUGCUAGAUCUUUAUAACAUAGAGAAAAAUCAGUCCUUUGGCUAGAAGAGUCCAUAGUUUUAAAAUGAUGCAUUUGUGAAUCAAGAGCAUUUUGGCAUUCCAAAACUGUUUAGUGACUUCAGGACUUAACUUUUAAGACAGAAGAUAUAUCACUAUCUCAGUCAAGAAGCAGAAAGUUUCAAUCUACUUAAAAUAGUAACUACUUAAUUUGUUUAAAUUUGUGUAUAUACUUCUUAAGAAAAACCUGUCUUUAACGUGCUGAAUUCACUAAAUCCAAAAAGUCUGUCUGUUUGAAUUAAUGUAGUAGUCAAUAAUGUUUUUUUAAAAAAACACCACCUUUAAAAUGUAGUUGUAUUAUAUAAUUUUUAUUACAGUCUUUGGGAGGGGGGAAAUCCCUAAUAUUUAUUCAGUUCAGUUAAACAGCUUUGUGCAUACAAAUCACUCUCUCAUUCUUCAGGUUUUUAUAUAUUUUCUUAAUUACUGUAAACUAAUCACAUCAAGCAGACAGGCUAAUGGAGAGAUCUUUGCACAUGGUUAGUAACAUAGAUUGUCAUGGAAAAGAUAAAGGUAGAAGACAUCCGGUAUUCCAGACCUCGGAAGAUGAACAUAGCUAGAUGGAUUGGUGUGAAAUUGAUCUGCAUCAUUAAAUUUAUUAAAUGUAAUUUGGGAUAUUACAGAUUAUGUACUAUCUGUAUUUUAUGACUUCUAAACCAAACUUUGUACUUUGGGAUAAUUUAAGCAUUAUACCCAGAUGUAUAGACACUCUUUCCUUAAACCUGUUUGUUAGAUAAUUUUAACAGUAGCUUUAAUAAAAAUUUGUUUCACACCUAUCCAUACAACACUUCAGUUGACAUUUGUUUACAAAAUGGUUAUUUUUACAUCAACAACUUACAAAAAAGCACCUUUAAAAAAGAUUUUUGAAUUUUCCAUGAUCUUUAUAAACUGACUAGACCAGUUUGUUACAUCAAUAGUAAAAUAACACAGUGAAUAAAGUCACAGCAGAUUUAAAAGAAACCUAAUCUAGCAAACUAAGGUAAAGAUGUGAGGCUACCAUACCUAUAGUAUAGUAAACAUUACAUGCUUGGAUUAAAAGAAUGUAUGCAUCUUUUCAGUAUUAAAGCCAUAUUAAUUUGAAAGCUGGACUCAAUUUUGCUUGUAAAAUUCAAAAUUAGGUCUUUUUGAGUUUGUAAUGAAAUAUGAAUUUUGAGUAGCUUUGCAUUUCAUUAGAUACUUCACAAGCCUCUAAAUAAGGCUUAUCCUUUGAUCUGUUGCUGCCCUAAGGUCCUGAUAAUUCUGGAACUGGACCUCCUGCAUGAUUCUACAGGAAAAGUCUGUCCACUCCUUGAGUUUGUGUUUCUUUAAAAAAGUUUUUUUGCUCUCUUUACAGUAUUACAAAUAUCGACAUUCAAUUUGAUUUCCUCCUAAAAUGUUUAUCAAUAUAGAGAGCGGAAAUCUAACCGUAUACUCACUUAUUUGUAAUAAAUAUUCUAAUCGAAUUAUUGUUAUUUUGUCUUUCAAGGUCUGUCCUGCAGAAUUGUGUGCUUCUGUUGAUGUCUCUUACUGAUGCGUUGAUAUUGCUAGAUUGUGUUUUUUAUGUUUCUAAGCUUUGAUUGAUUGAAGUGGGUGGGUGGGUGGGAAGGCAACUUUUGCAGAUGUCUUAGCAUGACUCUUAUGUUUAAAAGAUUUGGUAUUUCAGUAUGUUCUCUGUGAAAUGUGGAACAGAAUUAUCACUAAUAGCAUUGAAUAGGUGUUUUUCCCUGUAAAUGCAAUUUCACAAACACAGUAAUUCUUUGCUUUCCUUUUGAAAGCACUCAUCUAGAAUAUAGUCUAAUGGAUUCUGUCAUACGUUAUCACAUUAAUGUUGCAAUGUCAAUAGCAAAAGUCAGGUGCUAGUGGGAAUAGAACCCUUUCACCAACCCUUCUCAAAACUGCAGACACCAGUUCCAAAGAACUUGAAUAAGGAAUAUGAUCCCUUUUACUUAGCCGAGGCUGUGUCAGCUAAGUAGCAGUAAGCAUUUUAGUGGUUAGUCAAGGAAAGCUUGGAUCUUCAGAGAAGGAUUAUCUGUAUGAGGUGUUUCUGGGAUGGCCAUCACUAUGUAUUUAGCUGUCAGAUGAAAUUUUACUUAAAAUUAUUGGAACUGGUAAAGCAAUAUGUUACUACUUUAGCAUCUGUUCAGGACUAAUCAGAAGUUGUAGAAGAACUAUUUUCAUAGCUCUGGUUACAUUUGGACCUCCACCUGCGAGUGAGGAAUUGAUCAACAGACCUCAGUAUUUGAUCAUGAGCCAUUAAUGUACUAUUCAUUUCCACUUGUUUUAAGGUGAUAUAAUAAAAGAUGCAGUAGGAUUAACCUUUAUAUUGAGCAUGUUUUGAGAAUCUUUAUUGAUGGCAUGCUCUUUAGAAAAGUGUUUGAAUUAGUUAGCUACAAAUUAAUGAGCUAUGUACAAUUGGUAUUGUUUACCAAAUUUACUUAGUGUGGUGUGAUUCAGAGACUAGGGCUGUUGGCUGUUUUAUGAUAAAUCUAAUUUAUGUUGUGUCCAGAUGUCACAGCUAUAAAUGCACACAGAUUAUUAAAUGAGAUAAUUGACUCCUGCUGUAUUUCUCCAGUACAGCUAAUAACGUUGGAAAGAAGUAACUUUCUAAUAAAGCUGGUAAUAUAGAUCCACUGAUGAAAGAAAAAAUGCCCUUUGCACCCUAUGUUGUAAAUUACUAGAGCGUUGUUUCAUGGAUGGUUUUGGGGAUAGAGAUUCCACCUGGUGUGAGACCAUUUAAUUUGUAAUAAGAUAUUUGUAUGGGAUUAACUCUGCCCCUUUGGUUGAAAUAUGGCUGUUCUGGUGGUUUCCAUUAACAAACCUAUUUUUGGAUUAUUAGAUUUCUGUCAUACCUAGGUGUAUCAGGCAGAUUUAACGCAUCUAUAUUUUAAGAGAUUAAGAUACAUUCAGUGAAAUUAAUGAAAAAUUCACCUAAUAUUGAUUUUUUUUCCUUAACAAGUAAUAUGCAAAAGUAUUCUGUUUUCUAUCAUAAGCAUUUACUUCAUGACAACUAGUAAAAGCAAUACUAAUGUUUUAUUUAAGCAGUUAUAGAUUGGGAAUUUUUUUCAAAUAACAAAUGCUACUUAAUUAAUGAUGUCUGAUAAAGUAACUUUCCCAAACCUUUUACUUUUGUUUCCACUUGUUCUGCUAGGUUUGAGGUUUACUGUGUAUCAGUGUCUAAAUUUUCUGUUUUUAAAACAAACGUAAAGACUGUGUUAUCACAUAGAACUGGAAAAAAAUUGCACUAAUUUUUAAACUCUGGUUUUAUUCUUUCUCUGGAAAAUAUUAUUUUAUAUUAACAUAAAUAUUUUUUAAAUGAA